AUGCCCUUCCCAUCAAAAACAGCCCUCGUAACAGGCGCGACCUCCGGAAUCGGCCUCGCCCUGGCCGAGCGCCUCAUCGCGAACAACACCUUCGUGAUAGCCGUAGGCCGCCGUCGAGACCGCCUCGCCGACCUCGUCGCCGCCCACGGCCCGGACAAGGUCGCCGCGGAGCCCUACGACGUCACGGACCUCGCCGGCAUGGCGGAAUGGGUCAAGAGGAUAACGACGACCUACCCGACCCUAGACACGGUAAUCCUCAACGCGGGAGUCCAACACUCCGUAGACUUCACGAACCCGUCCUCCAUCUCCCUCCCCAACGCCACCACAGAGCUGACCGUGAACUACCUCGCGCCCCUGCACCUGAUAACCCACUUCCUCCCCCAUCUCCAAUCCCUCCCCUCAUCCACUUCAACCUCCUCCAAGCCCCGGGGCCACAUCAUCCUCGUCUCCUCCGGCCUCGCCCUCGUCCCCAUCCCCCGCUGCCCGAACUACUGCGCCACAAAGUCCGCCCUGCACUCCCUCGCCUGGACCCUCCGCGCCCAGCUCGCCGGCCACGACGCCUCGUCCCACAUCCGCGUCAUCGAGGUCGUGCCGCCCGCCGUCCGGACGGAGCUGCACAGCCUGCAGCCGGACCUCGUGGCCGCGGGGCAGGCGAGCUUCGGGAUGCCGCUGGACGAGUUUACCGAGGAGACGUGGACGGCGCUCGAGAGGGGUGAUUUGGACGAGAUCAUCGUGGGGCCUGGCAAGAACUUCGCGCCUGUCGAAUUCGAGCGGAGGAAGGCUUUUGAGAAAAUGGCCGAGGCAUUCAAGAAGGGUCCCAAAGCCUAG